UUUAUUUAGUACAAGAUUAAGUUUGAUCUUGAUGAUGGAUAUCUUGAUAAGGUCACACUUUAGAUUACUCUCCUUUUUCCAAAAAAUUCACUGUUCAGUAUUUUCAAUUCCAAACAGGGCUAAGAAUUGGAAAUAAUAGAAGAAAAUUGGGGUAAGAUGAUUGCAGACAGCAGCAUUAUUCUGAGGAGAAUCAUCAGCCACCUUUCACUUUGUCUGUUUCACAACUGAAGCUGCCUCCAUAUUCUACUGGUGCUCAAACUCAUCAUCACGGGUCUUCUUCCAUGCGUCUUGUGCCUGCGUGUUCUGUUCUGAGCAAGACUUUGCUUUUGGUGAUUUUGGUGAGUUAUGCGAUAAUCAUAUCGCAGCCUGAACAUAGAAGACAUGACGGCUAAUCCCCAGUUCAAAGAUCAGAGAGACAUACAAAAAUUGAAGGUUGCAAGCAAAGAGAAUCAGUUGUGGGCAGUGAUCCAUGCCAAAGGUCUUUUGCACUCUGAUGUUCAGGACUUGUUCCGGGAAGUGAGGUCCUAUUAUGAGAAUAUCAUCCUGAAUGAUAAUGCACAGCUGGAACUUCAAGACAUCGAAUAUUCUUUGUGGAAGCUUUACUAUAAGCUUAUAGAUGAAUUUCGAAAAAGAAGAAAUAGAAGUUCAGCAGCGCCUCAACAUGAUACUCAUAUGGAAGCAUUAAAACUCUUUCUAUCUGAAGGAAUUCAGUUCUACCAAAAUUUGAUUGUGAAAAUAAGAGAAUACAAUGGCCUCACAGAAGAGUCUAUGUCUUAUAGAAAGGGAAGCAUAAUUACCUCUGAGGAACAGAAGAAGAUGCAGGAACGCCAAUUUUUGUGCCAUCGCUUUUUGGUAUGCCUCGGGGAUCUUGCUAGAUAUAAAGAACAAUAUGAAAAUCCUGAAGUCCAAAACCGAAAUUGGUCAGUUGCAGCCACCUGCUACUUGGAAGCAACUAGAAUUUGGCCAGAUAGUGGGAACCCCCAAAAUCAGUUAGCUGUAUUGGCGAGAUGCAUUGGUGAUGAAUUCCUCGCUUUAUACCACUGUAUAAGAAGUUUAGCUGUUAAAGUUCCCUUUCCUGAGGCCAAGGAUAACCUGACCUUACUGUUUGAAAAGAACAUGCAUUUAAAUUCUCUUUCAACUGAAUGCCAAUUUAAUUUCUUACAUCCAUCUGAAAGAAGCAGCAUUCAGAUUACUAAACCGGAAAGCAAUGAUAAUAUGGUGAAAGCUGAAAUGGAUUCAAAUUUAUGGUCUCUUAUGAUCAGGACGUUGAGUUUCCUCUACUUGAAAUUGAGUGUGGAUCAAUUCCAUUGUGCUUUUGCGGCUACUAUGAGAGAGUUGGAUGCAUUGUUGGCAUUAGAUGAUACAAGACUAAAAGCCAACUUGGAGUCAUAUCAGCGCAUGGAUUCAGUUAGGCGAGGGCCUUAUCGAGUGCUCCAGGUUGUUUCUGUAUUGAUCUUUAUCAUACAGUAUCUAGUUAAGAGCCCAGAAACAAUAGACUCGCAGAAGAUGGAUGAUAUGCAUCACAUGGAGAUGACACAGAUGGCGUUGACUGCCACAUUUAUCUUCAUGGGACGCUUUGUUGAAAGAUGUAUGAAAUCUAGUACAAUUGAGACUUGCCCCCUUCUACCAGCUGUGCUAGUUUUUAUGGAAUGGCUGAUCUUUAUUGUUGAUGAAGCAGAAACCUAUGGAGUCGAUGAGAAAAGUGAAAGUGCUAUGUCCUACUUUUUUGAUAAAUUUGUUGAUCUUCUAAAGCGAUUGAAUGUCAAUGGCGGUGAUUCAAAGUAUUCACAAGGUGCUCCUUUGUGGGAGGACUAUGAGCUGAGGGGCUUUGCACCAGUAGCUUGUUCACAUGCAUUACUAGAUUUCUCAUCUCACCGGGAGCGUAUGGACAAUUUUGAAAGCGGAGUGGACUAUCGUUCUCAGCGUAUCAGUGAUGCUGCAAUUAAAAUUGCAGACAGGUCAACUGAUUCUCAAAAGUGGAUUGUCUAUGACAAGUUGGGAAGUACAUUUAGCAAAUACAUAUUGACAGAGUCAAAUGGAUAUCCGGACAGGAAAGGAUCAGGAGAGUUGGAAUGCAGCAACUUGGAUGUUGAAUUGAAUUUACUUAGUCAGAAGAUAGACAAAACACCAGAAGAAUGUCAGAAACUGAGGAGUGAUGGGGAAAAUCUAAGCUCUAUUGCUGUUGAUGAGGAAGAAGUUAUUCUUUUCAAGCCUCUUACUAGACGUAAUUCAGCACCAGUCAAUUUUGCAUCUACUUUAAAGGACCAAACCUCUCCGAAACAUUCAUUGGAUAAAAAUGUACCUUCUGAUGAAUGCUUGCGCCGUGCUACUUCACUUCUUAUAGCACAAAACCCAGCUCAGAAUGAUCCUUUUUCUUUCCAUACUGACAUGACUCAUUUUCGACGCAAUAUGCCAUAUAAGCAGCAGCAGCCUUUUGUGACAGAUACAGUGGUACAGGCUGUAGUUUCAGAAACUCCAGUUGCGGCUGGGCCUCCCUCCCUUAAUGCUUGGGUCUUUGACAGGGGAAGUUUGAGCGAUAGUAGAGAGAAAAGCACACAUGCUACAAGUAAACAUGGCUCAAGGUUGACACCUAUUGAGGAAGUAGCUUCAGAAUCUUUGAUUGGUCUAUCCAUAAGUGACAAUGAAGAUUCUUUCAACCGUCAUGAAUGUGCAAGCACCUUAUCCUCUUCGUCUUCAUAUACAGCUCCUGUUCCUUCAGCCCCUCCUUUAUUGCUAGAUGAUGAUCCCCUUUGGUUUAAUGAGGGGAUCAUCAUGGCAGAUAAUACCUCUGAUGUAUCAUUUUCGCAAGCAAGCAGCUAUCCACAUUGGACUGCUACUCAAGGGCCACCAGAUUUCAGUCCCAUCAUUCCAAGAUUUAUGAGCAAACACCCAACUGCACCUCGAAUGACUUCAUCCGAAUGGCUUCGUCAGUACAGAGAAAGUCAUAAUCUUGAACAUCAGGGCUGGCCAGACUAUGUUCAUCCUCCUAGUAACUUUGGAACUGUGUACGGCUAUGAUACUUCAAGGUUUCAUCAUUUCAGUCAGUGGGGAAAUCAUGCAGCUUCUAAUCCGGCAAUGCAUAUGGAUAACUCGACAUUGCAUCCAGAUUUCCCUCUAGGUCCAGGUUUCUCUGGUUACCAAAGAACAAACCUAUAUGGGUGUCGAGCUCUGACAGACUUAAGAAAUGAGCAGCAACCACUUCUACAGUACCUUAAGGAGAGGGAAAAGCAACUCCAGAGAGAUCCAACUGUGAAAGGUCCUUGUAGGGACAAUUGAGAUUUAUACUCCUGUCAAAGUGUUCAUCUAUGCAUUUCUGCAUUUUUGUAUGUACAUGCAGGUAGCUGAAAUUGGUGACAACAUUUCCAGUAUAUAAAUAAAACUAUGUGACAUGUGACCAAUUGGAUAUAA